AAUUACCUGCUAAAGUUUCUUGCUAUUUAAUAAAUUUGGUAAAACCACCAGCAUUUAUAAUAUGGCCAUCGAUGUCAAUUAUUGUUUUAGAUUUUGCUAUAGAGUACUUUAUUGCUGAUAGUGCUAAAUUAAUCGAAGAUACGUAUUUCAAAUGUCUUAUUCCAUAUAUAUUAUUAAUUACUACAGCGUAUUUAAAAAGUUUUUCUCCUUUGUAA